AUGAGGUCCCUCCUCCUGACUGUGUUUGGCCUAGCAACCGUCGGCGCAUUCUCCGUCCAGAAGCAUGAUGUGCUCGAUAAGCUUCGAAAUCGCGUAAUUACGAAAGAGGCCGAGAGUUUGACUGGUCAAGAACUGGCUGAUUUCGUCAACAAAAAUCAGAACUUCUUCAAGGCAUCUCCAUCGAAGUUCACUUUGAUGCGAGAGUGCACCAAGGAAAAACAAAGGUUGAUGCAAAAGGAACAUAGAACAGCUCUAACAGAUGAGGCCCCUCUUUCUGACUGUCUUAACAUUGAUGCUAACAUUCCCGACAGCUUUGAUGCGAGAGUGCAGUGGCCAACUUGCGAGUCCAUCUCUAUGAUUCGAGAUCAGUCAGACUGCGGAUCUUGCUGGGCAUUUGGGGCAGCUGAAGCUAUGUCUGAUCGCAUUUGUAUCGCUAGCCAAGGAAAAACACAGUUGGAGAUUCCUGAUGAUGUUCUGUCUUGUUGCGGAAAGACAUGUGGAGAUGGUUGCGAGGGCGGAUAUCCGAUUGAAGCGUGGAGAUACUGGGUCAAACACGGUAUCUGUACCGGAGGAUCGUACGAAUCUCAAUCUGGAUGCAAACCAUAUCCUAUUCCACCUUGCGGCCACCAUGCAAAUCAGACGUACUUUGGCCCAUGCCCAGACAACGAGUAUGAUACUCCAGUUUGCACCACCUCGUGCAUCGCAGGAUAUCCUGUCUCAUACGCUAAUGACAAAUACUACGGAAAAUCUGCAUACGGUGUACCAAAGACCGUAGCUGGAAUUCAGAAGGAGAUCAUGACUAACGGACCAGUAGAAGCUGCGUAUACAGUUUAUGAAGACUUCUAUCAGUACAAAAGUGGAGUCUACGUGCACACGGGCGGAAAAGAACUUGGUGGACAUGCUGUCCGAAUCCUUGGAUGGGGUGUGGACAAUGGUACACCUUACUGGCUUGUUGCUAACUCAUGGAACACCGACUGGGGAGAGAACGGGUACUUCCGAAUUGUUCGUGGACUCAAUGAAUGCGGCAUUGAGCAUGCUAUUGUUGCUGGUCUACCGAAAAUGUUAGUAGGACAGAAUGAUUAA